CACUGCUCCUCCAUGAACAACCAAAAAGAACAAUCGAUAGUCCACGCUGAAUACAAAAUUUUACAAUGGUCGCGAUUGCUAUCCCCGAGAACUAUGGUGCCGUCAUUGGCGUUGCGCUUGGAGCUAUCCCUGUGCUCAGCUUUGUCCAUGGGAUGAUUGUCUCAGGUCUUCGUAAGGAAGCCAAGGUUCCCUAUCCUCACACAUAUGCGACUGUGGAACAGUGCAAGUCGAACGUGAGGCCCCCACUUCCACCCCUUUUGUAAUCGACGCUACUUUCGGGAUAAACAGUCGCACAGAUGUAAGAUAAGUAACCUUGCUUCUAACUAACGGGAUCUUUCUCCACAGCCCAAAGCUGAACAAUUCAACUGCGCUCAACGCGCACAUGCCAACUUCCUCGAAAAUGCUUCCCAGACCAUGCUUUUCACCCUGGUUGCGGGUCUGAAGUACCCCCAGCUGGCUACUGGUCUCGGUGCCUUUUGGUUCGUGACUCGCUCGCUCUACCUGUACGGCUAUGUGUACUCGGGUAAGCCGCAGGGUAAGGGAAGGUACCAAGGAAUGCUCUUCUGGUUUGUACAGGGUGCUUUGUGGGGGUUGAGUGUAUUCGGCGUGGGCAAGGACUUGAUCUCUUUCUAGGAUGUUGUAUCUGAAAAACUGGAUCGUGGCAGAGCGCUACUUUUAAUGCUUGUGAACCAGUGGGUUGACGCCUUCUUGCGUGUUUCAUCUAAAUGUAUAACAGUCUGUAUACAAUAAUUUCAAUGUGAAAUGCUAAAUAUUAGCCCUUUUCUCAGCUGAAGAAUAUAUAGAGGCGCUGUCUCUGCGUUAGCUCUUAAGAGUCAUCUGAGGGUUGAGUGAGGGAAGUAUCUCACCGAUUCUCAUCGUGAGGCGCCUGAUUACGGACAUUGAAAGUUGAGCGACCUGUCUUCAGGCGCUACCAAUACAGUCUCAGUUAAGGCGUCUGCUACAGGGCGCCUGCUACAGGGCGCCUAAAGCGGCACUUAUCGGAAACGUCGAGUGUGUUAGAUCGAUGCCAGAGGGGUAUGUUUGAAAAUUCUAUAAUAAUCACACAUAAUUUGGAAUUCUAGAUGGGCGCCUUCGUAUAUAUUGUCGGAAAAGAUAGAGAUUGCAGGUAGACGCUGGCAAUUAUGGAGCUUCUGUGGGAUAUGAAAAAGACAAUUUUAUAUGAGCAGUACGUAGAAAUCUAGUAGUAAUAGUAUAUACUAAUAGUCACAAGUAGGUUGACGAAUAGCCCCGAUACAAGCACGGCCACGGGCCACCUGAGCAGAAUCAAACUGAAGGAUGCCAAUAGAUGAUCUUCCCGGGCAACUGAGUCUGCUUUCCUAUUAGUCCAGGGCUAGCUUACUGGUUUUUCUUAGGGCAUUUA